CCUCCUCCCCCGGCCGGCGUUGUGUAACGGGGCAUGGCGGGGCCAGGGGCCAGGCGCUGGCCUCCAGGAGGAACCACAGGCCGCGGGGAAGGAGGAGCGGGACGGUGACGCUCUGACGACGGCGUUAUCCCUCCAGCACGUCCCUGCCCGGGGAGGGAGAUGUUUCCCAUCAGGAGAACCGAGCUCGGCGCUUGCGUGGCCUCCUCUUUUCGGGGUGACGUGUAAAGAUCCCAGAGCCUCGACCAGGUAAACCCUCGAGGCAUCGUGUCUCCCCAAAGCCAACGACGGGUUCCCUUCCUCUCUCACAGCAGCCAAGAUGUCGCAUCGCACCAUCCAUCUUUUCCGGAAGGGGCUUCGGCUUCACGACAACCCAACGCUGGUGGCAGCGCUGGAGUCCUCGGAGGUCCUCUACCCCCUCUACAUCCUGGACAGAAAGUUCAUGACGUCCGUCAUGCACAUAGGGGCCCUGCGGUGGCAUUUUCUGCUGCAGUCCCUGGAGGAUCUCCAGAAGAACUUGUCUCAGCUGGGCUCUUGCUUGCUGGUUGCUCAAGGAGAGUACGAGGCCGUUCUUAGGGAUCACGUCCAGAAGUGGAAUAUCACGCAGGUGACUCUGGACGCGGAGAUGGAACCUUUUUACAAGGAGAUGGAGGCCAAGAUACGGCGUCUGGGAGAAGAGCUGGGCUUUGAGGUGCUUUCUCUGGUGGGCCACAGCCUGUACGAUACCAAACGGAUUUUGGACCUGAACGGUGGGACUCCCCCGUUAACAUACAAGAGGUUCCUUCACAUUCUGUCUCUGCUGGGGGACCCCGAGGUGCCCGUCCGAAACCUCACCGCUGAAGACUUCCAGAGGUGUCAGCCCCCUGACCCGGGCCUGGCUGAGGGUUAUGGGGUGCCUCUCCCCGUGGAUUUGAAGCUCCCCCCGGAGAGCCCUUCCCCCUGGCGAGGAGGGGAGACCGAAGGGCUGCGGCGCCUGGAGCAACACCUGACGGACCAGGGCUGGGUGGCCAGUUUUACUAAACCCAGAACAGUCCCAAAUUCGCUGCUUCCAAGCACCACGGGCCUGAGCCCCUAUUUCAGCAUGGGCUGUCUGUCUGUUCGCACCUUUUUUUAUAGGUUGUCAAACAUUUACGCUCAGGCCAAGCAUCACUCUCUGCCCCCCGUGUCCCUCCAAGGGCAGCUUCUGUGGAGGGAAUUCUUCUACACGGUGGCAUCGGCAACACCCAACUUCACCAAAAUGGCUGGGAACCCCAUCUGCCUGCAGAUCCCUUGGUACGAGGAUGCAGAGAGGCUCCACAAGUGGAAAACGGCACAGACGGGCUUCCCGUGGAUCGACGCCAUUAUGACCCAGCUGCGCCAGGAGGGAUGGAUCCACCACCUCGCUCGACACGCCGUUGCCUGCUUCCUGACCCGGGGGGACCUCUGGAUCAGCUGGGAAGAGGGCAUGAAGGUGUUUGAGGAGCUGCUCUUAGACGCCGACUACAGCAUCAACGCGGGGAACUGGAUGUGGCUGUCGGCCAGCGCCUUCUUCCACCAGUACACCAGGAUCUUCUGCCCCGUCCGCUUCGGGAAGCGCACGGACCCCGAGGGGCACUACAUCAGGAAAUACUUGCCUGUACUAAAGAACUUUCCCUCCAAGUACAUCUACGAGCCCUGGACGGCGUCUGAAGAGGAGCAGCAGCGCGCGGGGUGUCUCAUAGGCCGCGAUUACCCCUUCCCGAUGGUGAACCACAAGGAAGCCAGCGCUCACAACCUGCAGCUGAUGAAGCAGGUGAGGGAGGAGCAGCCCAGAACAGCCCAGCUGACGAGAGAUGAGACAGAUGACCCAAUGGAAAUGAAAGUAAAGCGUGACCACUCGGAAGAAAACAUCCCAAAAGGAAAAGUGGCCAGGAUGGCAGAUGACACCGAGGUCCCGUUGGAACCAAAGAAGGGCAAGAGGGGAGAGGCAGGGGGCAACUGAGCCGGGCUGUGCCCUGCAGGUGGUGCCUCUGGUUUGGGAACUGACCUCCAGGAGAAGUGUUGGCUCCUGAAUGUGUGUUAGUGCAGUUAUUUCAAAUGGAAUUGUCCAUCUGUGAGCGGUAGAAGCUGCUUGUUGUUCAAGAGGUGACUGGUUUGGGCAGGACAUGAUGCUUUAAUACUGUUUGAAUCCAUGCGUCUGUAUAAAUAGUUUCAGUGACACACACUUGUCUUUCUAACGUGCCAGAUAAAUGUCAGUUGAAGAAUAUGUGCGCAUUAAUGUGUUUUCACACAUUACUGUUAACAACUUUAUUUGCCUGUCUUGUAGUGACAGAGGUUCAGGGAUUUUCAGGUGUGGUUUUUAGGUUCACAGCUGGUGUCGCAGUCCCUGGUCUGCGGAGGGGCAGCAGAACCCAGCCCCUUGUAAAGUUGUGUGUAGUUCUUGUGACUUAAGUGGGAUUUCUUACGCUUUUUAAGGAUAAAGUUGCAAAACAUCUCACUGAAUUAGGGCUGAUGUUCAGCUUCAUUCACCAGAACUCUGCUUCUUGGCUAAUUCCUCUAGAAGUGUAGACUAGAUGUUAUUUCCAUCGUACCACAUGUACAAAUGUACCCUUCCAUCGAAGUGUCUCGUUGUGAGGUUUCACAAGGUGGGAUUAGUCAAUGAUCUUCG